GGGCCCUGCACCUCCUUCAUCCUCCUCCUCCUCCUCUGACUCAGUUGCAGUGAAGCAGCCAGCCGGUGGAGGAACGCAGCUGGUCCUGAUGCAGCAGCACAACUGAAGUGAAACCACCAAGCAUCCAACAUGAGGGGGGCCGCGGUCCUCAUCGUCAUCAUCAUCACCGCCGCCGCCGGGUUCUGGGCCGUCUCUGCUCAGCCAGAACUUCAACUUUCCGAGUGUCAAAACGCCACAUUGGGGGACAUCGUCUUCCUAAUCGACAGCUCCGGUAGCAUCGGCGAGGAAAACAUUAGGAUAAUCCGCGCCUUUCUCAGAAAUGUCAUCCAGAACCUCGACAUUGGCCCUGAUAAAGUACAGGUCGGCUUGGCGCUGUACGCAAACAGUCCCAAGAAGGAGUUCCUGCUGAAAGACCACAUGGACAGGACAGCCGUGUUGGACGCAGUGGAGCAAAUUGCUUUCCUUCGCGGUGGCACAAACACGGGCAAGGCCUUGGACUUCAUCCGGGAGGAAUACUUUACGGCUGAGGCAGGGAGCAGAGCCAGGCAGCAUGUUCCUCAGAUCGCUGUGCUCUUGACUGAUGGAAACUCCGACGAUUCUGUGUCCAUACCCGCCAAGCGUCUCCGGGACCUCAACGUCUUUGUGUUUGUCAUUGGAGUGUCUCAGGUCAAUUCUAAUCAGCUGAAGAUCAUCGCCAACUACCCACCAGAAGACUACAUCCUGACCACCAACAGCUUCCAGACUCUGCAGAGUCUAAGAAACACUCUGCUGGAAACCGUGUGCUCCUCCCUGCAGAUCCAGAAAAUAGCUUUGGCCCAUAAAUUUGCAGACAUCUUUCUCCUGGUGGACAGCGCCUUAAGUCCACGACAGUUCACCUUUUUCAGGAAUGAGCUGAUCAGAUUUAUCGACCAGAUAGACGCUGGACAGUCAAGGUACCAUGUCGGCUUGGCUCAGUAUCGCCAGGAUGUACAGACUGAGUUCUAUCUAAACGCUCAUAAAACUAAACCGCAGUACACAAGAGCACUGAGAAGCAUUCAACAGCUGCCACAAACUGGCCAAGCACCGAACCUGGAACGUGCUCUGAGGUACGCAGGUGAUAACUUUUUCCUCCCUGAAAAUGGCGGCCGUGCAAACGAAGGAGCUGAACAGUUUUUGGUUGUUGUUGUUGGAGAAAAGCCGAAGGGACUCUUAUAUUCGGCCGGUCAAGCUGUCAGAUCCCAAGGGGUGUCUGUUGUAGGCAUGAGUUCGGGUGCGUCAGUGCAAAGCUUGCUAAGCUUUGCGGACAUUGCCUUUGGCAAUCUGAGGAUCACUCAGCUGAAGGAUAUCUUCACCAGCCAAGAAGUGGAAACAGCCAUUGAAGACUGUCAGAGAGUCAACACUGCAGACGUCGUCUUCAUCAUCGAUGAGUCAGGAGGCAUCGGGAACAACAACUUCCAGCUCAUCCAGAGCUUUGUGCAGUCGCUUAUCGGCAGCCUGAACGUCAAUCAGACGGGAGUCAGAGUGGGAAUUGUUACCUACAACGAGGCUCCCAAGGCCCACGCUUAUCUCGACAGCUUCCAGGACCGAACAGAAGCUCAGCAGUUCAUCAAGUUGCUCCGUUACCGCGGCGGUGGCUCCAACACUGGAGCUGCUCUGCGGUUUGCCCUGGAGUCAGUCUUCAAAGGGAGGGGCAGCAGGGAGGAUGUGCAGAAGGUAGCUAUCGUGGUCACAGACAGUAAAUCCCAGGACAGCAUGAAGGAAGCGGUGGCAGAGCUACAUUGGUUUCCAGUCAGAGUUUUUGCAAUAGGAGUAAAUGAGAAGACACCAGACCUGUACGACAUGGCGUCUUAUCCCACCAACAGGCACGUUUUUGCUGUGGACAAUUUCAUGCAACUGAAACCCCUGAGGAAAGUCAUGCAGAAGAGUAUCUGCAGUGCCAUCAUUCAGGGCUCCGUCAACUCCUUUAAAAACAGCGCCGACAUCAAGGAAGCAUGCUAUCAGAAGGAUGAAGCAGACAUCAUCUUCCUCAUUGAUGAUUCAGACAAYAUCGAUUCCUCUGACCUGUCUGACACAAAGAAGUUCAUCACUAACUUUCUUGGAGAAUUUCGUGACAGACUCGAUCAUAUUCGCAUCGGGCUUGUGAAAUACUCCAACUCAGCUCGGGUUGCGUUUGACCGGAUGUCACUCUUAGACGUGAGCAAAGCUCUGAAUAACGUUAAUCAUGAAGGGGGUCGGACCAACACAGGAAGAGCCCUCACAUUCAUGGAAAGUUAUUUCAAGAUGGUACCCUACAGUCAGGGUUCGACGUAUCUGAUAGUCAUCACUGCAGGAGACUCCGAAGACAGCAUCAGAGGUCCAGCAGAGAAAAUAAGGGCGCAAGGCGUCAUGGUCUUUGCUGUUGGCGUAAAGAGGUCAAACAAAGCUCAACUGCAGGAGAUCUCUGGUGAUCCAGACAGGACCUUUAAAGUCAGAGAUUACCAUUUCCUCAAGUGGAUCAAAAACGAUAUUCUAAGACCAAUCUGUGGACCAGCAGUUUGUGAGGACGCUCCCAGCGACGUCAUCUUCUUAACUGAGAGCUCAGAGAGAAUCUCUGCAGAAGACUUUAGGAAAAUGAAAGAAUUUAUGAAAUCUGUCGUUACCAAGUCUAUUGUGGGCUUGAAUGACAUGCGUGUGGGUGUCAUGCAAUUCAGCACUAGGACAAAAGUAGAGUUUCGUCUGAACCAGUACUUCAGCAAGGAUGAAAUACUGGAAGCCAUCGAUAACAUGAAGCAGCAAAAUGGUGGGGUUGAAACAGGAAGGGCCCUCACCGAAGUUUCCCAGUUCUUCAGUGAGGCGGAAGGAGGACGUCCUACACUGAGGCAGAACCUGGUGCUGAUCACCUUCAACAAGGCAACUGAUGAAUUCAAAGGUCCAGCAAAGGCUCUGAGGCAAAAAGGAGUGUUAAUAUUUUCAAUUGGAGUGGUGAACAGUAACUACAGUCAGCUGUACGAAAUCAGUAGCUCUUCAGACAAAGUCAUCAACGAAGUAAAUGUUGAUCUAAUAAGUGAACUGGACGGCAUGCUGGCCUUGAAGUUCUGCGAUCCACACAGAGAUUGUAAGAAGAUUGAAAAGGCUGAUAUAAUAUUCCUGGUGGAUGGCUCAGGAAGCAUAGAAAACCGCUUCAGAAGCAUGCAAGUGUUUAUGGAGUCUGUAGUGAACCGGAGCAUAGUCAGCAGGGACUCUACCCGUUUUGGAGCCAUUCUUUUCUCCAACGAACCUAAAAUCAAGUUUACUCUGAAUAACUACAGCUCCAAAGGAGACAUUCGUAAUGCUAUAAAAGCUCUGGUGCCGCCAAAAGAUAACACACACACCAGCGAAGCUUUGGAAUAUUCACUGCAGUUCUUUAACGAGGAACACGGUGGAAGGAGAAGUUUCCGAGUUCCUCAGAUUCUCAUGGUGAUCACAGAUGGGGCAGCCACAAACCCUGAUAACCUAAGAGAAAAUUCUAAUGCGCUGCGAGCCAAUAACAUUACUGUCUUCAGUAUAGGUGUAGAGAACGCAAACAAGAAUGAGCUGCUGAUCAUGGCGGGAAAUAAUCAAUCCAAUGUCUUCUAUGUGGAUAAAUUUGACCAGCUGGAGACUCUGUACCAACAAAUUUCUGGAGUCAUCUGCAGUAUCACCAAACAUCCUUGUGAACUGAUGGACCUGGUCUUUCUGAUUGAUCGCUCUGGCAGCAUCACCUCCGCGAAUCACAAUACUGUGAAAAACUUCACAGCAGAAAUUGUGAUGAGGUUGGAAAUCAGUGAUAAACUUACCCACAUUGGACUCGCGCAGUUCAGUGCAGAUUUCCGACAUGAGUUUUACCUCAAUGAUUACUACUCUGAAAAGGACAUAGUUGAUCACAUAAAGAUGAUAAGAUAUUCAGGAGGAGAAACCUACCUCGGCAGAGCCCUGAGGUCAAUGAAGCAGUACUUCAGCCCGUUGCGAGGCAGCCGCAUCCAGGGGAAAGUGCCCCAGACUCUAGUGCUGCUUUCGGAUGGUAAUUCUUACGAUGAAGUGGAAAAUCCAGCCAAUGAACUCAGAGCACUUGGCAUUGAUAUAUUUGCUGUAGCAAUUGGAGAUGUUUAUCGAACCCAGCUCCUUAAGAUCACUGGUGACCCACGAAAAAUGAUUGGUGUUGGUGACAUAAACAACCUGCCAAACUUCAAGACGAAGGUGGUUGAUGCCAUUUGUAAGGAGGAGGAGAAGCCUGUUCCCCCUACUGUUCCCCCUCGUCCUCCUGUUCCCACUAUUGUUCCCUCUCGUCCUCCCUCCGUUGAAAACUGCACCAUCGACAUCGCCGUAGGGUUUGAUAUUUCUGAAGGUACUGUCAAUGUGCCGCUUUUCAGACUUGUUAGGCCCCUCCAGGAAAUCGUCCAUUACGUAGCUAAGGUGAACGACCUGUGUUGCUCGGCUUCUGUCCCCACCCGGAUCUCCUUCAGCAUCAUAGAUGUAGAUGGCAGCUCCUUGUUCGACAGAAACUUUGAGGCUUUCAAGGAGGAUGUUCUGAGGAGCGUCAUGUACUUUUCAUGGUCCAGGGCCACUUCCUUCAACACUGCCAUGCUGAAAUAUUUCAGGGCCAAGUUUGAGUCCAAAUCCAAAGCAAAAGUCAAGGUGCUGCUGAUUUUCUCUGAUGGACUUGAUGAACACGUGGCGACACUGAAGCAGGAAUCUGAGCGGCUAAGAGCCUCUGGAGUCAGCGCCCUGUUCGCCGUGGCCUUGAAGGACGCGGCUGCCCCGCAGCUCCAGAUGGUCGAGUUUGGACGGGGAUACUACUACCAGGCUCCUCUGAGUAUCAGAGACCUGAGCAUCAGCAGCACCAUCCUGCAACAGAUGAGCUCAGUAGCGGAUCGGGUUUGCUGCAACGUUUCGUGUAAAUGUUCAGGACCUCCAGGCCCUCAUGGUCCUCCUGGGCAAUCUGGAACAAAGGGCUCGCCUGGUCCGAAGGGCCACGGCGGCUAUCCUGGAGACGAAGGCUCUCAUGGCAGACGAGGGCCUCCGGGGCUGACGGGGCCCCAGGGCAUCCAGGGAUGUCCGGGAACCAGAGGACCGAAGGGAUCUCACAGCUUCUCUGGAGACAGGGGUGAAGAUGGAGAAGAUGGACUGAGUGGGGUGGAUGGAGAACAGGGAACGGAGGGGGUUGAUGGGAUGAAAGGACAGAAAGGAGAUCCUGGGAGUCAGGGAAUCCCAGGGAUCAGAGGCGAGGAAGGACUGAAAGGAGACCGAGGCCUGAGAGGAGAUCCGGGCGAGCCGGGGCGCGACAACCUGACACCAGGACCCGGAGGAGAACCUGGCAACCAGGGCGACCCGGGGACGCCUGGACGGCAGGGACGUCCCGGGACGGACGGAGUGGACGGGAACCCGGGUCGGGACGGGAGACGAGGCGCCAGCGGCUCCACGGGCGCACCUGGAGACGAAGGGAGACGAGGACCACCAGGUGUGCCAGGAGCUUCAGGUCCAAAGGGACCCAGAGGGACCAGAGGCCUGCAGGGACCAAAAGGGAUGCUGGGGUUUCCUGGACGGCAGGGUGACCCGGGACGCGCUGGAGGACCGGGAGGCGGAGGACGACCCGGUGCCAACGGACAGAAGGGCCAGCCUGGAGAGCCGGGCCCCCAGGGGGCAGCGGGGCCGCGGGGGCCCCUGGGGCCGCCGGGUGAGGAAGGGCGAGACGCUGCAGGACCUCCAGGACCCGCAGGGGCAAAGGGGUCGGAUGGUUUCCCUGGUUACCCCGGUCCGUCGGGUCCGAAGGGAGAGAAGGGAACCAGAGGAUUUCCGGGGGGCAGAGGGAGCCGAGGUCGAGAGGGAAACUCGGGCGGAACCGGACAGCCCGGCGAGCCCGGAGAGCCCGGAUUCCCCGGACGCAGAGGCCGGCGAGGCGCUCCUGGAAACGCAGGACAAACUGAGUGCGAGCUGAUCUCCUACAUCAGGGACCACUGUGCUUGUUCCCACGAUCCGCCCCGCUGCCCCGCCGUCCCCACUGAGCUGGUCUUCGCCCUGGACAUGUCGGAGGACGUGACGUCGGCGGACUUCGAGGACCAGCGGCGGGCCGUCCUCUCCCUGCUGCAGGACGUCAACAUGGCGGAGAGCAACUGUCCGGCCGGCGCGCGCGUGUCGGUGGUGGCGUUCAGCCGGCACACCCGCCACCUGAUCCGCCUGCAGGAGCACCGCCGCAGGGCGCCGCUGCUGGAGGCGGUGCAGAGCCUGGCCUGGGAGCGCACCGCCGAGCGCCGCCACCUCGGCGCCGCCAUGCUGUUCGUGGGCCGGAACGUCUUCAAGCGGGUCCGGCCCGGGAAGACGACCCGAAAGGUGGCCGUGUUCUUCGCCGGCGGCCAGACGCAGGACCCCGACGACGUUCUGACCGCCGUGAUGGAGCUCCGGGCGCAGAACGUCGCUUCCGCCGUCAUCGCUCUGAGGAACGCGCCCAGGAUCAGCCGGGCCUUGGAGGUGGGUCGGGUUCUGGAAGGGGGGCCACCUUUCGGAUCCAAAUAAGGGACGCCCCCCACAGCGCGGCGCCCUGGGCCGCUGC